AUGAGAAUUUUCGCCGCUUUCAGCAGCUUUGGCGCUGUUUUAGGAGAUGACAACUUGAAUCUUGGAGUUGAUCCUUUGAAAAAGAGCAUUUUUCUCAAAGACAUUGCUCGAGAAUCCGCGGCUAUGCUCAAGGAACACAUGGAUCUCGACGGGCUCAACUUUGAGGACUACAUCGACGAUGCAAUCAACAUCUACCGAAGUGACUUUCCCGACAAAGCGAUCGUUUUUGACGAGCUAGCUGAACAAAACAUCUUGAUCGAGAACAACGAAAUCCAGCGAGUUGGAGGGCGAAUGUCGGGGCUGAGUCCGAUGGAUCAAUAUCAUGUGAUGAAAUACUUACAGCUCAAAUACUUGACGCUGUACCUCCAAAAGAACAAAUUCAUGGGUAAAUUCUGCUUCUACGGAUGCUGGUGCUUCCCUCGAGCAGCUGGUGAGCAAUGGUCCGGGUACGGAGUUCCUGUUGACAACAUUGACAAAUCCUGCCGCGAGUUUACGACUUGCUACAACUGCAUUUUCAAUCAACAGCUGAUUGGACAACGAUGUGAUGAGACCAAUCCUGUCAGAUACAACAUCGGAGGGAGCCAAAACGUCGAAACCGGAGAAAUCACGAUUUUCUGCAAAGAUCCUCAAGGAACUUGCGAGCGAUCUCGGUGCGAAUGCGACAAAGAUCUCGCACUGAAGCUACAAAAAUACGAGUCCGAGUGGAGCAUCCAAAAUCAUCAUCACUGGGGAAAUCCAAAGUUCAAUCCUCAAGAAGUCUGCUCAUACAACGUCAACCAAUUCAUUCGCGACGAUCCCGAGGAGCAGCAGACAUUGACAUACACCGUCGUCGAGCAAAUCAACCCGCAAGCGCUGGUAGAACCCGCUGAUCAAGCUUCACAGCCUUCGAAAUUGAAGCUCGAAGCGAUUUCUCAAGAAGCCGGUGGUCGACCAGACAUGACUCUCUACAAACCCCGCGGUCUAUCAGCUUAUGGCCCGAUAAUCGGCUGCUGCGGCCGCGCCCCGCAUGUUCACUUUUUCCGAAAGGGACAGCGAUGCUGCGAAGAUGGAGAAAUCGUCGACGAGCGUUUCCCCUGCUCCAUGGAUUUUGAGUAA